AUGAGUUACUACCCGGACGACGACGGCGUAAAGCAGCGACAACCAGACGACGAGGGAAGAGAAGAACGAGAAGAGAAAAAGAAAACAAAAGGAGGAGUCACCGCGAAACAACAUUUUCAUCGAGAACAACAAGUCAAACAACAUCCUCGAGAACAGGUACAAAUCGUCCAGGUCGUGGACCCGCGACCACGGUACGUACCACCGGCGAUCGGCGUUCCCGAGGAUAACCCAGGCCCGAUAUUUCUUGGGCCUGGAAAUCACGCGCCGAUGAUGUUGCAGUGUUACAGGUGUCAAAAGGAAGUUUUCACAGACGUGGAGCAAAAAUCGGGAACGGCGAACGUUUUGGCGGCGAUCGUGACGUUUGGGAUUUCCUUGUUAGCGUGUCCAAUUCCAGACUCGUAUCACUUUUGUCGAGAGUGCGACGCGUUGAUUGGUGUAAGUAAAGUAGCGUAA